AUGCUGAGUUCAGAUCUGUUGCUCACGCACUACGACCCGACGCUGCCGAUCGUUGUUGCUGCAGAUGCCUUCAACCACGGAGUUGGUGCCGUCAUCUCACAUACUUUUCCUGAUGGGUCUGAAAAGGCGAUCAUGCAUGCAUCUCGCACGCUAACCCCAGCGGAGAAGAACUAUGGGCAAAUAGAUAAAGAAGCUCUAGCCCUCGUGUUUGCCGUCAAGAAAUUUCACAAACUGUUCUACGGUCGCCACUUCACGUUGUUGACGGAUCACAAACCAUUGCUGCCAAUCUUCGGUUCGAAGAAGGGCAUUCCCGUCUACUCAGCCAGCCGACUUCAGCGAUGGGCAACCAUCCUUCUUGGCUACGACUUCGACAUUCGCUACUGUCGUACUACAGACUUUGGUCAGGCUGACGCCCUUUCUCGCCUCAUCAGCAAUCAGCAGGAACCGGAGGAAGAUACUGUGAUUGCAGCUAUUUCGAUUGAGGACGGUGUGCGCCGUCAGCUAUCAGACGCCAUGCGAGGUAUCCGUGUCACUGCCGCGGACAUCCUACGUGCUACUGAACAGGAUCCUGUCCUCCGCCAGGCCAUCACCUACGUGCAGACCUGCUGGCCAACCACUGUUCUCGCUGGCGAUCUUCGCCAGAUCUUCCUCCGCCGGGCGUCGCUAUCUGUGGUUGACUCCUGCCUCAUGUUUGCAGACCGUGUGGUGAUCCCAUCUUUCCUCCGACCCACUGUACUACGCCAGUUCCAUGCGGCUCAUCCUGGUGCCAGCCGAAUGAAGUCUAUUGCUCGCAGUUUUGCCUACUGGCCGGGUAUCGACGGCGACAUCGACGACCUGGUUCGACGCUGUUCUAGAUGUCAGCAAGCUGCCAAGAUGCCGCCUCGUCAACCUCCAAUACCCUGGCAACCACCGGAGAGGCCUUGGUCACGCGUGCAUAUCGACUUCGCUGGCCCACUUAACGGAGUCUCCUACCUAAUCUUGGUUGACGCCUACUCGAAAUGGCCCGAGAUUGCUCCGCUGAAUCCAGCAACCGCAUCUUCCACUAUCGCCUUCCUACGACGCAUCUUUAGCCAACAUGGCUUACCAGAAGUCCUGGUUUCAGAUAAUGGCUCUCAGUUUACUUCGUCGUCGUUUGAGGAUUUCUGCCGCCAGCACAACAUCCAGCAUCUUCGCUCCCCGCCCUACCAUCCUAAGUCUAACGGUCAGGCGGAGCGUUUGGUCGACACGUUUAUGAGAGCCCUCUUGAAAGCUCGUGGGGAGGGGACCAUGGACGAGAUAGUCCAGGCGUUCCUGUUUUCCUACAGGACGACACCGAACCCGGCGUCCCCUGGUGGCGUUUCUCCUGCCGAAGCGUUGAUGGGCCGAAAACUGCGUCCAACGUUUCAUGCCCUCGUCCCUACCGGUGCGCAGCCCGCGCAGACUUCUCCAGUUUCUCGCAGCAAGCUCUCCAUCAGAACCCCUGUCUUCGUUCGGGAUUAUCGAGCGGGGUGCCCAGACUGGAUUGAAGCAACCGUAGUAUCGCACAGAGGCAGUAUGUUGUUUGACGUCGACGUUGGUGAUGACAUCUGGGUUCGCCACCACAACCAGAUCCGACGGCGACAUUGCAGUAACACAACUGGGCUCGAUUCGGCGCCGUCACUCUCUCUCGACAUCCUACUGAAUACCUUCGCCAUUCCGGCAGAUCAGUCGGUUCCCGAACCCACUUCUGCGCCCCCUUCGGAUAUACUAUCUUCGGUAUCAGUUACCGCUCCCGUAUCUUCAGGCAUUAAACCACGAAUAAGACGCCGGACCAACCGCGUGCGCCGAUCAACACAUCUGAUGCAGGUCAACCCACGCCAGAAGCGGUACUGA